AUGGACGACAUCUUAAUCUGCCAAGACUUGAUUGAAAGGCAUGAAGGCGAAGAAGACUAUUACUACCUUAAAGAUGGCGGCGCCGAUGAAACCCAUUGCAUGUAUGUUAUCAAUGCAAUCCUAAGUGGCACUGCACGUCUAAAUGUUCUCUUACCCACAGCCACCAUCCUUUCCUUCACCAUUUUAACUCCUCUCUUCACCAAUGAUGGUGAAUGCACCACCUUGAACCGCUGGCUAAUGGGCUUCUUCUUGGCUCUUUCAGCAGCCUCUUGCAUCUUCUUUACAUUCACAGACAGCUUUCGGACGGCCACCGGUAGGUUGUAUUAUGGGGUGGCAACAUUUGGAGGAAUAUGGACUUUCAACGGUGGCCGGAAGAAACCGCUUGUGCCAUUCGAUUAUAGGCUGAGAUGGGCUGAUCUCUUCCAUGCGUCACUUUCGGUGAUUGCAUUUCUUACCUUUGCAGCGUUACACAAUGAUGUGGUGCAAUGUUAUUAUCCAGAAAUGCCUAGGAGGGUGACCAACACUCUUCCUCUUGUUGUUGGUUUUGUGAUAAGCGUCUUGUUUGUGGCCUUUCCUUCCAAGAGAAAGGGUAUUGGGUAUCCUUUUUUGCUGCAGAGGGACGCUCUGUACUCAAGAUGCUGA